AUGGAGGCUAGUAUGUUCAACUUGGCGAAUGACUUGCUGAGUCUGCCAUCGAGCUCAAUCCUUACAUUGGACAUUGUGAUCUCAAAGCUGGUCGACCUGAUCGAUCGCUCGACUGACAACGAACUCUACAAACGAUACUUGUCCUCAUUGCUCGGUCGCGACUAUCCCAAGGCCAUCUCGAUGCACACGUCCCUCUCCAGUGUCAUGGUGAACGCCCACCUUGCCCUGGGCCAGGAGAAGAAGGCGAUGGACCUGCUACGACUGCACGAGAACAACUUGCAGGCGGAGGUGAGCCAGGAGUUCAUCUGGCCAUUCAGCUACUUUAUCGUGUACUACAUCAAGCAUGGCCGCCACGUGGAAGCGAGCACCUUCUUCCUGGAGCGCAUCGUUAAGUACCGUUCGUUCCUCUCAUCGAGCAAGUUCCCCUUCUUCCUCAAGUCGGUGCGUGAGGCCGGCCUCAACGAGCAGUACGUGCUGGAGAAGCUGCGCGAGCAGGGCCUGCUGGCCAACCCGGAGCGCACACUCGUGGGCAACCUCAUCGAGUACUACUUGUCCAUCAACAAUCUGGUUCAGGCGCGACUCAUUUACAACCUGUACCUCGAUCAGAACAAUGUUCCCUUCUUCAGGGCCUACGAGCAGUUCAUGGAAUAUGCCAUCAAGCGCGGCGACUAUGAGUAUGCCAUGUCGUGGCUGCCCGAGAUGCAGGCGGCCGGCUUCUUUGCGCCCAUCACCUUGAUUCAGCCCCUGCUCGACCUGCUCAUCAAGCUGAACAAGACGCAGUACAUCCCGCUGCUGGUGGACUAUUACCGCAAGUUUGACAGCACGCAGCUGCCCAUGGUUGCCAAGACCAUCGUGUUGAAUGAGUUCUCGCAAAACGAGCAGCGUCGCAAGUUUGCCCAGCAAAUCAUCACCGUCAUGAAGCAGCGAAACAUUGAUGUUGGCACCACAAUCAAUUUUAUCAUCCGAUUCUACUUGCACAUGGACAAGUAUGAGCACGCAUUGCUCUGGUACGGACGACUCAUCGAAGAGUACAAUCUGCAGCCCAACAUACACACGCUGUUCAGCUUCAUCACGUAUCACAAGGUGCACAAUCAGGUCGAGCUCAUGGAUCAUUGGAGCAAGCUCAAGCAGGUGCUCAAUAUGGACACGAGGCGCGAGCAUGAUAUCAGACUGUCGCGACUGGCCAUCGACAAUGACGUGGAAACAUUCGAGAAUCGCAGCGAGUAUAAGCGAGGCUCGCGCCCGCCCAACGACGAGGAGUUGGCCCUGCAGAAGGCCCUUCAGGGAACAGACAACGACGCUGUGAGGGAUGCACUGGCCAAGGUGUUCAAGAAACCUGAGACCAUGGACAAGAGGAUACCAUGUGGAACGUUGAUGAUGGAGGCUGCCAUCAGGUUGCGCGCCAAUGACAGCGCCAGCUUCUUGACGUUCCUCGAGCAACACUUCUGCUCAAGAGAGCAUCGCGCCAUUCUCUAUCAUCCAAACGACUACCAACAGCCAAUGAUGUAUGAUCUGGAGGCGACCUUGCGUAGAAUGAACACGACCGCUCCAUUCCAUCGCAACAACAUAUUUUUCUUGAACCAACUACUCUCUGGUCUAUGGUUCGCCGACAAGCCCGAGGCCAACAAGUUGGCCAAUCGACUGUUGGACCACAUGAUGACCAACAAUAUCAAGCUACUCCUAUCGCCCAACGGGAUAAUGUACUCCAAGUACGUCCUACUGGAUAAGGAGCAGCGCGAUGCUUUGAUCACCGAGGAGUUGGCUCUCAAGAUGUUCAACUUUAUCAAGUCAUUGAGCACAUCGCCCAAGUUGAACGCAAUCCAAUCCCUUUCAACUACAUUCGCUGCCGAGUACUUGUCAUCACAUGGUCAGAUGGAUGAGGCCAAGGAGAUGUGGUCUCGAUGCACCGAUCUUCAAGUCGAGGCCAUCUGCACGGGUAUUGGUAUUGUAGCUCACAAACACUCAUUGACCAAUGUUGGCCAGCUUGCCGAAUGGGAGAGACUACUCCCCGGGCUGACAGCAGAUCCCCAAAAGUUCUACUAUGCACUGAUACUACACUUUAACAAACUUGGCGACACGGACAACCUGACCAACGCAAUCAACGCGACCUCUGGCAUCUUCAACCCCAAGUACUUCACCAUGGUUGUGGCCAUGUUGGAGAAGCGACCAAAUCAUCUGGUGCAACUGAUUGACAGGAUGCAGAAUAGUUACAGAGGUUAUCAAUUGCCAAAGGAUACAUUUGAUGCAAUCAAUAGGGCAGUCAAGGCUGCCACCAUCACCGUGGAUGUGCAGAAGUUCCUAAAGAUGAUGGGUGAGGAUCGAUACCCGCCCAAGAAGGAAACAUUCUCCGACUUUACCAAGCAGUAUGUUGAGGACCUACUGGCCAAGAAUUCCAACAGUACCAUGGCUGUUGCAGCCGAUGUUGUUGAAGGCAAAUAA